AGUUUCAUGGUAAGUAGCAAUGCCGGAAUGAUAUUAUAAUCUGGGCAAAUGGCAGCACUUGUGCUAUUAACUUUACUAGACUCCGACUUCCCUCCUAACUGUGUGCGCGAGGAGUACCGGAUUCUGAUAUGUCGAUGUCCGGGUGUAUUGGCCUCUUUGUGACGUUUCUGAGUGGUAUAGCAAAGCACCCUUGAUCAUUUUAACACGGGUAUGUGUUUCACCGUAUGUAAUUAAACUCAUGUGAUCUUCUCCGAGCAUUAUCAACCGGGCCUGCAAGGUGGUCCAUGCACCGCAGGACAAUGGUGAUACUAUAUCCUUGCAUUGGCUUUCGCUUCUUUCCUCCACAUGCCGCUUUUAUCUUUUGCCACUCGACGAGACCACAGUUCAGUUGUGGCAAGCUGGCCCGAUAUAAAACCUCAGCACAUGGCAAAUGCACAUCACACAACGUUCCUCCGCAGGCUCGAUCUUCUUGUGCAUCAUCACUUUCAUUGCAUCGCCCCAUCUACAUCGGUUGUCUGUGACACCAUGCCUUUCCCAUUCACUCUUGCCUGUAGACUCUUACUCCUCGUUAUUGGUAUCUGCAAUGUCAUAUCGAUUGUGAUUCUAAGUCCGGAUAUUGUUGCGCACACCGCAGGACCUUUUGAGGCCGUUGCACUUGCGUCAAACAUCGUAGCUCUGUUGGUAUUCCUCAUUACUUUCUCAUUCUUGUGUUGCAGGCGACAUGCAGAAUCUAGCAACACUAGAAAUAUUGCUACCUUUGGCACUUUGUGGCUUUCAGAUGUCACAUCUUGCGUCCUUUUAACAAUCCAUGCACGUCAGAAUCACGCGACCGCCCUUUGUCAUGACCUUUCUCAGUCUGGUGACUGCACAAUGGCUAAUGUUCUCCUGGCUGUUUUCUAUAUGGCUUCUAUCUUCGCUUUGGUUGGUCUCGUACUAGCAUCCUGGGAUAAACACCCCGGUAUCACUAAGGUCUCGCCUCGGUAUCCGAUCACUAAAGCAGCAAGUUCACAUUUCACUGCCUUCCAACACCCGCUGGACGUGGAGUUGGAGAAUGCGUACCCUCAGUCCUCCAGCAAGAAGGCAGAACACAUAAAGGAGGGGCGCACCCACGAAAGGUGGACCGAGAUUCCUCUGUAGACAGACAUGUUGGUUUUGUACUUGUAUUGCCA